AUGGAUGACGGUCUUCAGAGGAGUCUGAGUGUUCUGGACCGCCUCCUUCUCACACAUUCUAUCUGGCUUCAACUUUCAAUUAAUCCUGAAUCUGCCCGUUGCAUACUUCAGAGAGAGCUAGUUGGGACUUUUUUGGUGUGUAAGUGUUCAUCCACUCAGAAGAAGGUUCUCUGUGUGACAGUUCAGGAAACCAAUGUGUGUGUUGCUCAGUACCCCAUUCGUGAGGAGGACUCCACGUUUUCUUUGGAGAGCUCUGCCUUGAGUUUUCCUGAUCUUUGCAGAUUAGUGGCCUUCUACUGCAUCAGCAGGGAUGUGUUACCUUUUCCACUUGAACUUCCUGAGGUUAUUGCUCAAACCACAAACCAUACACAGCUAGAGACCAUCUCACACCUAGGUUUGGAAUUUUGGAGUUCGCAGCCCUGCCCGGGCCCACCUAACGGCCCUCCGGCUGUUUCUGUUAGUCGAUCAUCCGCACUUCGAUCACCCUGCUUCAUCAACCCUCUCUUCCUGCAGCCGACUCAGCCCAGUCGAGUGGCUUCACACAAGCGCCACAGAUUGAAGCGCAGCCUGCGAGUGCGUGUGUCGACCGAGGCCUCCUUCUGUCUGGCUCCUGGAGACUCAGAGUGGAGCCAGGGUGACUCCGAAAUAUUAAGGACCAAUGAGAGGACGACACGGAGGGGAGGGGGACUCGGCGUGCUCAAAAGGACCCCUGCUCUGGCUCCUAACUCGCAAGAAGAAGAUGAGCAAAUGCUGGGAGUGGUGCCUCCAUCUUCAUCGGCCGUCCCGUCAGAAAAACAGGAUGUACCUCAUGAUGAGGGUCUCUGCUUGGCACUGGAGCGGCAUCAUGCUCCCUCACUUGCCGAACUGGACAGCAACAGCUCCUUCAGCAGCCUGGAAGAGGAGGAUUCUCAGCCGGAUCCAGCCCUGCAGUGGCCUCCCCUCACACGGGGCACCCGUUUCCCUGCCGCCAACCCUGCCUCCACUUUACGUCGCAUGAGUGCUGCAUUCGUUUGUGUUUUCGCUCCAGAGCGUCGUGUGGCCAGACUUGUUGAUGAGCUAUCCCGAGACAGGCGCUCUGUCUUUGGCGCCUUGGUCCAGGAGUUCUUGCAAAAGCACAAAGAAGAUUUGAAAAGCUCAGUUUGGAGCUCAUCCAUGGAACUGCUUCAGGAAAUGAGGAGGUUCCUGUCCCAAGCUAAGAGUCUCCUGCUUGCUGCUGGAGAGCUGGAACCUCCUAUUGAAACACUGGUGCCUGAAAAUGAGAAAGAGCUAGCCCUGGAGAAAGCUCUGUUUGGUUGUGUACUGAAGCCACUGAAGCUCCAGCUGAGCCAAACACUGCUCUCCAUUCACACACAGGAUGGCUCUCUGCAAAAGUUCACUAACAGCCUGCAGGCCUGCCAGGAGGGGACGCUACAGCAUCUCGGUGUACGAGUGGGAGUACUAGAUGCUCAAGGUGUGGAGAGAGCAAAGAAAAAGCUGGUCCUGAUGCAGCGAAGCCACUCGCCCAUAGACAAAGUGCUGCUUCUGCUGCAGGUGUGCAAGAGUGUUUACAAGACAAUGGGGGCACAACCUGAUCAGGAAUUCAGCUCAGAGGACUUCUUGCCUGCACUGGCCUAUGCAGUAGUUCAGUGUAACAUCCCACAAUUGCUUUUGGAGACAGAGUAUAUGAUGGAGCUGCUGGAGUCAUCGUGGCUGUCAGGAGAAGGAGGAUACUACUUGACAAGCGUCUAUGCCAGCCUGUGCCUAAUCCAGAGCCAGCCCGGUACCCCAUGCCCCGGCGGUUUAACCAACGGAGCUCAAGAGAACUUGAAAGAGUGGAGCAGAAGACGAGCUCAAGAAGCCAAGCUCCAGAAAGAGAGCCACCAGAACCAGAAGUUUGUGCGUGUGCUGUUCCAGAACACAGAGUGUAGUGCAGCCCGAACCCUCCACUGGAAGUUUGGGGAGACCGUGGAGGCGCUGACCCGAACCUGUGCGGAGGUGUUCGGCGUGAACGAUUCACAGCAUUACUGCCUGUUCUGGAGGAACGGAGGGGAGAUGCAUCCUGUUCCUCUACAAAUGCAGGCUCAUGAGCUCACCACAUCUACUCUGUCCUACCUCCGAAAAGAUCACGACUUCAGUAAGAUGCGCCGGCUCACCAGAGGUGGUGCUGUUGAUCUUGAGGAGUCUGCGUGUGAGGAGUAGGGACUUGAUUGUAUCGGUUCUUUUGGAAAAUAAUUGCUUAGUUCCACAGCGAUGUGGGAUGAAUGUGUGGUAUGUGUGUGGGGGUGGCAUCUUAGUUCAUUUUCGCCUGAGCUAAAACUGGAAAGUGGAAACAGAAAACUGUAUUUGGCAAUAAUGCUUCAAGCGAUAUUUGCCAGUAAAGGGACCAAAAAUCUUCUUUUAAAAU